GGAUGGGGGGGUGGGGUGGGGGGGAGGAGGGUGGGAGGGACAGAGUGUUGCAAAUUCAGAGCCAGCUGCACACACAGACACACACACACAAAAAGAGAAGAAAUCAUGUGACAGAAACGGAAAUGGCCAACAGCUGAUGCCUGGUUCAGUGCUUCAGAGAGAGAGAGAGAGAGAGAACAAAAGGGACAACAGUGAUCGAGUGGGAUAACAAAAGACGCUUUCUAGUUCCUCAUUCCGGGAGGUUUUAUUUUCCAGCAGACCCACUGGCAUUUGAUGAAGCCUGUUUUUUCUCUUGUCGAGAGGAAUUGAAGAUGGCACCGGACGAAUGAGUGUGUUUUUUUCACUUAAAAUGACACUUGAGGGCCGUGACUUGCAUUGACGUCUAUCUGAAGAACUUCUUCAGCCCAGAAAUUGUGUCCAGGUCUUUUGUUACCGAGUCCCGGUGUUUGUCUGCGGCUUGGAUUCCUCCACACCUCGGGCCGGCUCCCUUUGUCUGAGUUCCCCCCACCCCCGACGCUGUCAAUGUCAUGGAACUAAUGUUUGCUGAGUGGGAGGACGGUGAACGGUUUUCCUUCGAAGACAGUGACCGGUUUGAGGAGGAUUCCCUCUGUUCCUUCAUCUCUGAAGCCGAGAGCCUGUGUCAGAAUUGGCGGGGAUGGAGGAAGCAGUCGGCCGGUCCAAAUUCGCCCACUGUUAAAAUCAAAGAUGGCCAAGUUACCCCUUUGGUUGAACUGUCAGCCAAGCAAGUUGCCCUCCACAUUCCCUUUGAAGUGGUUGAGAAGGUUUAUCCACCGGUCCCUGAACAACUGCAGCUUCGCAUUGCCUUCUGGAGCUUCCCUGAGAACGAGGAAGACAUCAGGUUGUACUCGUGUCUGGCUAAUGGCAGUGCUGAUGAAUUCCAACGAGGGGAACAGCUUUUCAGAGUGCGCGCAGUUAAGGAUCCACUUCAGAUAGGAUUUCACCUGAGUGCCACCGUGGUUCCUCUGCAGACUGGACAAGCUAAAGGAGCGUUCAAUGUGGCCGUAAUGUUUGACCGCUGCCGGAUAACCUCGUGCAGCUGUACCUGUGGAGCAGGAGCAAAGUGGUGUGCUCAUGUGGUGGCUCUCUGUCUCUUCAGGAUACAUAAUGCAUCUGCAGUUUGCCUGCGAGCACCAGUGUCUGAAUCGCUGUCCCGGUUACAGAGGGACCAGCUUCAAAAAUUUGCUCAAUAUUUGAUCAGUGAAUUACCUCAGCAGAUUCUCCCCACUGCACAGAGGCUCCUCGAUGAGUUGCUUUCAUCUCAGUCGACAGCAAUUAACACAGUCUGCGGGGCUCCAGAUCCCACUGCCGGGCCAUCUGCUUCAGACCAGAGCACCUGGUAUCUUGAUGAAUCUACCCUCAGUGACAACAUCAAGAAAACGCUCCAUAAGUUCUGUGGGCCGUCUCCUGUUGUGUUCAGUGAUGUUAACUCUUUAUAUCUGUCUUCGACGGAGCCGCCAGCUGCGGCUGAGUGGGCUUGUCUUCUGCGACCUCUUCGUGGAAGAGAGCCGGAAGGCAUCUGGAACCUUCUCUCCAUUGUCCGUGAGAUGUUUAAACGACGUGACAGUAAUGCAGCACCUCUACUUGAGAUCCUGACCGACCAAUGUUUGACAUAUGAGCAGAUCAUUGGCUGGUGGUACAGCGUCCGAACGUCUGCCUCGCAUAGCAGUGCCAGCGGCCACACGGGCCGCAGUAACGGCCAGACUGAGGUGGCGGCUCACGCCUGUGCCAGCAUGUGCGACGAGAUGGUGGUCUUAUGGAGGCUAGCUGUCCUGGAUCCCACCAUGAGCCCCCAGAGGAGGAAGGAGCUUUGCACACAGCUGAGACAGUGGCAUCUGAAGGUGAUCGAGAUUGUGAAAAGGGGACAGCAUCGCAAGCUGCUGGACAAGCUCUUCCAAGGCUUCAAGCCUGCAGUUGAGGCCUGUUACUUCAGCUGGGAAGAGGCGUUCCCCAUUCCGGGGAUCACCUACAACAGUGCUGAGAAGAAGAGCGGCUUCUGUUGGGCCAAGGUGAUGCAGCACAAGAGCACCAAGAGGUGUGGGGAGGCCCCGGGCACCGAGGUGGCCGGUGAAAGUGGGGGCACCGGGGCGGCCAAGCCUCAUGGGCCGGAUGUGGUAGGCACCAAGGCAUCCCUAACCGACAAAGGCCGGAGCCCGCAUGAGGUGGUGGUCCGGCCAAAGGACAGUGGGGCCAAGAGGAAAGUGGCCUCUGAGGCCUCCCGCUGCAGCCUGGGCAGGCCGGUGGCAGAUGGCGACAAGCCCACUUACAAACUGAGCACCAGCAAGUGCAAACUACCUCAGGCGAAAUUCCCGACCAGCAAGCAUUCAGGAAAGCGGAGGACGAGCAGUGAGGACAGCUCGCUUGAGCCGGAUCUGGCAGAACUGGGGCUGGACGACGGUAAUCUCGCCCUCGGUGCCGAGGCAUGCAACACCUUCGACUUUGACGACCCAGUCAGCAGUUUCAAGGACCUCUACCCAGAUGAGAGUGAAGGAUUCUUCCCUGAGAGCUUCGAGCCUGAGGCAAACAGUGAGCCUGUUGAAAGGCAGGCUGCAGAGCAGGUCCAGGAUAUGAGCAACAGGGAGGAGGCCACCCAGAGCACAACUGACUCACCGAAAAGGCCAGCCCCAGAGAUUGCAGAAGACCCGGCUGUGGGAGAGGAUGACUAUCAGGUCUAUUACCUCCCACAGGAGGAUGUCAAAGAAGAGGAAAAACCAGAGGAAAGCAAUGAAGAGGAACAAGACAUCCUUGCUGGUUUAAAGCCCCUUGAUCAGGAGAAUCGAAUGGAGGUGCUGUUUGCCUGUGCUGAGGCACUUUAUGCGCAUGGCUACAACAACGAAGCGUGUCGACUGGCGAUUGACCUUGCCAGGGACCUGCUGGCCAAUCCUCCGGAUUUAAAGGUGGAACAGCCACAAACUAAGGGCAAGAAGAACAAAGUUUCAACUCACAAGCAGACACUGAUUGCGACCAACACGCUGGCUAAAGCUGCCUUCUUGCUGAUAGUUCUGAGUGAAAGACUGGAACUCCACAACCUGGCUUACAGCAUUGGGAUGUUUUCCCUGGAGCUGCAGAGACCACCAGCAUCAACCAAAGCUCUGGAGGUUAAACUUGCUUACCAGGAAUCGGAAAUUGUGGGCUUGCUGAAGAAGAUUCCAUUGGGGAUCGUAGAGAUGAACACAAUCCGGGAAAGGGCAGAGCAGCUGAGAGAGGGAAACUUGUGUGAUUACAGGCCAGUCCUACCGCUCAUGUUGGCCAGUUUCAUCUUUGAUGUCCUGUGCACUCCAGUCGUCUCACCCACUGGAUCGAGACCCCCAAGCCGAAAUCGGAAUAACGAGAUGCCUGGUGAUGAAGAGCUUGGCUUUGAGGCAGCCGUGGCGGCGCUGGGUAUGAAGACCACAGUGAGUGAGGCAGAACAUCCCUUGUUGUGUGAAGGUACUCGGAGAGAGAAAGGAGACCUUGCGCUUGCUCUCAUGAUCACGUACAAAGACGAUCAAGCCAAGCUUAAAAAGAUUCUUGACAAGCUAUUGGAUAGGGAAAGUCAAACUCACAAACCUCAGACACUGAGCUCGUUCUACUCAUCCAGCAAGCCUCUGGCCAACAGUCAGAAAUCUCCGUCGAAGCACGCGUCGCAGGCUGCUGCCAGUGUCCACCAGCUGACCAGUACGGCGUCCGCACCUCAGCAGGCCAGCAUGCCCACCCCGGUUCAGAACGCUGCAGCCGAGAACUUCCCCGAAGGGUCAGCGCAUGAGAACGCUCAGCGAGCCCCAAGCGAACCUCCGAGCGAGUCGGGGACCUUCAAGCAGGAGGGGAAGAUACCGAGUCGACUGACGCUGGGCAGCAGGGGCGGAUAUAAUGGUCGCUGCUGGGGGUCACCGGUCAGGCAGAAGAAGAAGCACACAGGAAUGGCCAGCAUCGACAGCAGCGCUCCAGAAACCACCUCGGACAGCUCGCCGACGCUCAGCCGCAGACCCCUGCGCGGAGGCUGGACGGCUGCGUCCUGGGGCAGGGGGCAGGACAGCGACAGCAUCAGUAGCUCAUCCAGCGACUCCCUCGGAUCGUCUUCGUCCAGUGGCAGUCGGAGGGCCAGUGGUGGCGCCCGGACCAAGAGUGCUGACGUUGGGAGGUACAAAGGCAGACGGCCUGAAAGCCACGCUCCGCACGUGCCGAACCAGCCAUCAGAGGCUGCGGCCCACUUCUACUUCGAAUUGGCAAAGACGGUUCUCAUCAAAGCGGGGGGCAACAGCAGCACAUCCAUCUUUACUCACCCCUCGGCCAGUGGCGGCCACCAGGGACCCCACCGCAAUCUCCACCUCUGCGCCUUCGAGAUUGGACUCUACGCACUGGGCUUGCACAACUUUGUCUCACCAAACUGGCUCUCGAGGACCUAUUCUUCACACGUCUCUUGGAUAACAGGCCAAGCCAUGGAGAUUGGGAGCUCAGCACUGAACAUCCUGGUUGAAUGUUGGGACGGUCAUUUAACUCCUCCCGAAGUAGCCUCUUUGGCAGAUCGCGCAUCACGUGCCAGGGACCCCAACAUGGUCCGAGCUGCAGCAGAACUGGCAUUAAGUUGUCUACCACACGCUCAUGCUCUGAAUCCCAAUGAAAUCCAGAGGGCGCUAGUUCAAUGCAAGGAGCAGGACAACACCAUGCUGGAGAAGGCGUGCAUGGCAGUGGAGGAGGCAGCCAAGGGUGGAGGCGUCUACCCUGAGGUGCUCUUUGAGGUGGCUCACCAGUGGUACUGGCUGUACGAGCAGACGACAGGCGGCUCUCAGCAGCGGGAGAUGUCGACCAUCGGUGGCCGCGGCACGCACGAGGCAGGGAGGGGCGUGGUGGAACACUCGGCGCUGAACGAGGGACCGGCCACUGUCACUGUGGCUGCCACGGUGACGGCCACCGCCGUGGUGCCGGUGAUCACCGUGGGGUCCACUAUGUACCAGCAGCACACCAUUGCCGGGGCGGCCAUCGCCCACCCCCACGCACAGGCCUUCCCCUCCAGCCCUGCCAUGACUCACCCCUACAGCACCAUUCAAACCCACAUCCCGUCCGUCUGCAACGCCGCCUAUCUCGGACAUCCCAUCCAGCACGUCCCACGACCUGCCAUCUUCCCUGUUGCCGGAGCAGCCUACCCGCAGGGCAUGCACCCCGCUUUCAUUGGAGCUCAGUAUCCAUACACUGUUGCCACCACAACCCACCCAGCCAUGGCAGCUCCACCCGUCACCUUCGCAGGAGUUCCCGUGCCCCCCAUGUCACCAAUGGCCGUGCACCCCUACCAGUCUGACCCGAGCCUGCCUCUGACGUCGACCGUAGCAGUUGCCAGUGUACAGGCUGGAACUGCUUUCCAAGCUGUUCAAGGAGCAUCCAUACCGAGCCUAACAACGCAAGGACCCUCAAUAGUCACGCCGACAUUCCCUACUGAAGAUGAACAGCAUUCGCAGCCCGUCAGUCCGCAGGGGUUGCACUACUUGCAUUCCGCAUACAGAGUUGAGAUACGUCACGGUAACAGGCCCUCCCAGCCCAACGAGCCCGCACCACCCAAUCACGCCACGUAACCAAUUAAGCUACCAACCCGUACAUCUUUGGACUGUGGGAGGAAACUGGAGCGUCUGGCGGAAACCCGUGUGGUCACGUGGAGAAUGUACAAACUCUUUAUAGACAAUGGUGUAAUUUGAACCCAGGUCACUGUUGCUGUAAUAGUGUUAUGCUGACCGCUACACUACCUGGCCAUCCCCCAUGGUGUCUGUCAACAGUUAAUAUACAGUAUUGUUGAAUGCUGGGUGAUUGGAUCAUUGCCAAAACACUAAUGAGAAUUCCUUUGCGUACCUUCAAGGAAAAACUGCAAUCUUUCCCACAUCCCUGGGGAAAGGGGGGGUCUAGUUUAAUGUAUCAUUUUUACAAUGGCACCUUUGCCAGUGCAUCACUCUCUCCACACUGCACUGGGACACCAGCUAAGAUUGUUUGCCUGGGUAACUGAUGCAAGACUUUACCACCUCCUCCUCUCAUUGGUAAGAUCAUGUUGGCCAACACCUGAGAGUUGGACUGACUGCCUCCACCUGCUACCAAGUUGGGUCUAAUGUGACUGACUCUCCCCUUGUCCUUUAGCAUCAUGGUGUUGGCUUUACCCAUUCUUGUCAUCCUGUUCCAGCUUUCAUAAUCCCCAUAAAAUAUAAGUUACUUGGAUAAGGAAGUGGACGGGUGGAUUAGUAAGUUUGCAGAUGACUUGAAGGUUGGUGGAGUUGUGUACGGUGUAGAAGAUUGUCGAAGGUUACAACAGGACAUUUUAAAGGAUGCAGAGCUGGGCAGGGAAGUGGCAGAUGGAGUUCAAUACGGAAAAAUGUGAAUUGAUUCACUUUGGAAGGUUGAAUCUGAAAACAGAAUAGAGGGUUAAUAGCAGUGUGGAGGAACAGUUGGAUUUGGGGUCCACGAUCAUAGAUCCCUUAAAGUUGAUACAACGGUUAAGAAGCAUGUGGAGUAUUUCCCUUCAUUGGUUAGGCGGUGAGUUCAAGGGCCAAGCGGUAAUGUUGCAGCUUAUAAGAUCUUGGUUGGACCAUUCUUGGAGAUCUGUGUUCAGUUCUGAUCACCUCAUUAUAGAAAGAAUAUGGAAGCUUUAGAGAGGGUGCAGAGGAGAUUUACCAGGACACUACCUGGAUUGAGAGCAUGUCUUUUGAGGAAAAAUUGAAUAAGCUGGGGACUUCCUCUUUGGAGCGCAGGAGGAGGAGAAGUGAUUUGAUAGAGGUUUAGAAGAUGAUAUGCUGCAUAGAUCCCUCCAAGUUAAGGGAUUCCAAAGAGCACCACUUUCUAAGUGAAUAAAUUUCUCCUCGGAUCAAUCCUUAAUGCUCUACACAUUCUGAGGCAGUGAUUUCUUCUUCUGUAGUCCCCUUCUGAUCCACCCUGUCCAGCUCCCUGUUCACUUGUUGGCUGCAUUCUCUUGAUAGCAAGACUAUCAUUUUUAUUUCUUUGGAAAGGACACCAAUAAUUGUACACAGUCUGGCUGAUGUUGUCUUACCCUGUGUCCAAUAUACGUGGAAGAAGACACCUUUACUCUUGUAUUCAAAUCCUCUUGUAAUAAAGGUCAAUGUAUAAUUUGCCUGCUGUCACUGUUAGCUUUCAGUGAUGUGUGUAUAAGGACACCAGAUCCUCUCGAACCAUCCCUUACUUUGUGUUCCUGCUCUUACCACUGUGUUGAUAACCUCGUACUUUUGAGAUACAGCACAGUAACAGGCCCUUCUGACCCAGUGAGCCCACGCUGCCCAGUUACACCCAUGUGACCAAUUAACCUACUGACCCAUACGUCUUGGGAAAGUGGGAGAAAACCGGAUCAGCUGGAGAAAACUGGCGCUGUCAUGGGGAGAACAUACAGACUUCUUACAGUCAGUGGUGGGAAAUGAACCUGGGUCAUUGGCAUUGUAAUUGUGUUCUGCUGACCACACUGUGGGAGCUGGGUAUCUGUUGUCUGUCUGUAUUGUAUAUCUGUUGUGUGUUUAUGGGUUACAGUAAUUUGUCACAUGGGUUGGGGUGUGGUCAAAGCAAGUGUGUAUAGUUAUGUAUUCACAAUAGACAAUAGACAGUUGGUGCAGGAGUAGGCCAUUUGGCCCUUCUAGCCAGCACAGCCAUUCACUGUGAUCAUGGCUGAUCAUACACAGUCAGUACCCCGUUCCUGCCCUCUCCCUAUAUCCCUUGACCCCACUAUCUAUAAGAGCUCUAUCUAACUCUCUCUUGAAUGCAUCCAGAGACUUGGCCUCCACUGCCUUCUGGGGCAGGUCAUUCCACAUAUCCAUCACUCUCUGGGUGAAAAGGUUUUUCCGCAUCUCAGUUCUAAAUGGCCUACCCCUUAUUCUUAAUAACUGUGGCCUCUAGUUCUGGACUCACCAAUCAGCGGGAAUAUGCUUCCUGCCUCCAGUGUGUCCAAUCACUUAAUAAUCUUAUAUGUUUCAAUCAGAUCCCUCUCAUCCUUCUAAAUUCCAGUGUAUACAAGCCCAGUUGCUCCAAUCUUUCAACAUAUGACAGUCCCGCCAUUCUGGGAAUUAACCUUGUGAACCUACGCUGCACUCCCUCAAUAGCAGGAAUGUCCUUCCUCAAAUUUGGACACCAAAACUGCACACCAUACUCCAGGUGUGGUUUCACCAGGGCCCUGUACAGCUGCAGAAGGACCUCUUUACUCCUAUACUCAAUUGCUCUUGUUAUAAAAGCCAGCAUGCCAUUAGCUUACUUCACUUCCUGCUGUACCUGCAUGCUUGCUUUCAUUGACUGAUGUACAAGAACACCUAGAUCUCAUUGUACUUCCCCUUUUCCUAACUUGACUCCAUUUAGAUAGUAAUCUGCCUUCCUGUUCUUGCCACCAAAGUGGAUAACCUCACAUUUAUCCACAUUAAACUGCAUCUGCCAUACAUUUGCCCACUCACCCAACCUGUCCAAGUCACCCUGCAUUCUCAUAACAUCCUCCUGACAUUUCACACUGCCACCCCGCUUUGUGUCAUCAGCAAAUUUGCUAAUGUUACUUUUAAUCCCUUCAACUAAAUCAUUAAUGUAUAUUGUAAACAGCUGCUGUCCCAGCACCGAACCUUGCGGUACCCCACUGGUCACAGCCUGCCAUUCCGAAAGGGACCCGUUAAUCACUACUCUUUGUUUCCUGUCAGCCAGCCAAUUUUCAAUCCAUGUCAGUACUCUGCCCGCAAUACCAUGUGCCCUAAUUUUUCCCACUAAUCUCCUAUGUGGGACUUUAUCAAAAGCUUUCUGGAAGUCCAGGUACACUUUGUCCUCGUUGGUUAAUUUUUGCUACACUGCUCUAAUUUUGGAAUGCUUCUCUCAUUGCUCUUGUCACUCAUCCAGCCUCUACACCCUCAUCACCGCUCCUGCUGCCCUUUGGCUCCCUGUCCUUGCUGUGGCUUUCUGCGGGAGGCAACAACCAGAGGCUACAGCAGGAGCUGGUGGUGUCUGCCUCACUCUGCCUGAGCUUCCUCCCUCACCAAACUCUGUUAGCUCUUCCCCCCCACCACUUUAUCUCCAUAAUCCCACAAUCUUUUCCUUUCAUUGGGUGAUUCAGAACACAUACAGGCCUUUUGGCCCAACUCAUCCAUGCCAACCAAGGUGCCCACCGAAGCGAGGUCUGUUGGCCAGCAUGUGUCCCAUAUCCCUCGAAACCCAAGUCUAAAUCUAAACGAAGAAUUUUACUGUAUGUUUUGAUGUACAUGUGAAAAAUAAAACCAAUCUUUAUUCAUGUAGUUAUC